AUAUAUAAACAAUUCAAGAAAAUUGGCAGAGUGGGAUGAAUGAAUAAUCUAGGGUUCAAAACUUCAAAUACACCUUAGCUUCAUAUUUAAUUUGACCCGAGAUCCAAGAACAAAACAUGACUUCAAUCUCAGUUCACCCCAUCUUUUCUCAUCUCCAGAUUGCAAGAUUGACCUUCAGAGCUUCAAUUCCACUAUUGUAACUCAUGGCUAGACAGUUUUCUGGAAUCAGAUUCUCCUCACCUGCUGUAAUUUGCAGCCUUCUGGGAUGCUUUCUUGUUUUCAAUCUCUUCUUCUUCACCAAUCCCAGACACUUUCUGGGAGAAAAUCCUGAUAAGGGUAAUAGUAAUACCCACCACCCAUUUCUCCAUGAGAUUGAGCUGAUACAACUCCCUCAAGAAUCUGGCACCCUGACUGAUGAGUUUCUUGAUGAAUCUUCAAGAUUCAGGCACAUUUUCUUCCCAGACAGGACAACUACUGCUAUAGAUCCCAGAAAAGAUGAUGCAGAAGAAGAAAAGAUGUACUAUUAUCCAGGGAGAUCAUGGCUGGACAGUGAUGGAAAUCCCAUCCAGGCUCAUGGUGGAGGCAUUCUGUAUGAUGAGAAAUCAAGAACAUAUUUCUGGUAUGGUGAGUACAAGGAUGCCCCUACUUAUCAUGUUCCAGGCAGGGGGACAGCGCGUGUAGACAUCAUCGGUGUUGGCUGCUAUUCCUCCAAGGAUUUAUGGACGUGGAAGAACGAAGGCCUCGUCCUGUCUGCAGAACAAAACAACAUUACUCAUGACCUUCACAGGUCCAAGGUUCUGGAGAGACCAAAGGUGGUUUACAAUGACAAAACUGGGAAAUAUGUAAUGUGGAUGCACAUAGAUGAUGGGACAUAUGGCAAGGCCUCUCAGGGCAUCGCCCUUAGCGAUUCCCCCACGGGUCCUUUUCGCUAUCUCCAUAGUAAAAACCCCCAUGGAUCUGAAAGCAGAGAUAUAACAGUAUUCAAAGAUGAAGAUGACAAAGCUUAUGUUAUCUUCUCCUCAGCCCACAAUAAAGAGCUUCAUAUCAGCCCUUUGAGUCAAGAUUUUCUUGAAGUUUCAGAUGUUAUGGCAAGAGCUCUUGUGGGACAUUACAGGGAAGCUCCAGCUUUGUUCAAACACAAAGGCAAAUAUUUCAUGGUCACUUCAGGGUGCAGUGGGUGGGCACCAAAUGAGGCAUUGGUUCAUGUGGCUGAUUCAGUUCUGGGGCCUUGGGAGACCAUAGGGAAUCCUUGUGUGGGGGGGAGCAAGGGUUUUCGGGUGGCGACGUUCUUUUCUCAGAGCACUUUCGUUCUCCCAAUGCCGAAUAGUCCUCCGGGUUGGUUCAUUUUCAUGGCAGAUAGGUGGAAACCAGAUGAUUUGAGAGACUCCAGGUAUGUAUGGCUGCCACUGAGAGUGGAGGAGGUUGAAGAUGAUGUGAUGAUGAGGCCUAGGGUGUCAGUUUUUUGGCAUAAAAGAUGGAGACUUCCUCAGAAAAAAACAUCUGAGAAUGUUGUGAUAUGAUGUUACUUGUGCAGUACUAGAAUAAAUUUGCAGUUUACAGAUUAUUAAUCUUAAUUUUGAUUAACUUUAUACCAGACAUUGACCAACCUAAGAUCGAUGCUGCUACAUUGUAUUGCUAUUGUUUGUGUAUAAAUUGCCCAAGCCCAAACCCGGCAAAUUAUAUCGUGCACCGCGG